GCUGCCUGUUUCACUUUCUAUUUCUCUCGCUUCUGCCGAUCUUUCGCUCUGAGUUCGCCACAGCGCGCCCCGAUGAUGGGGGUGGCGUUGAAAGCUCUCACUCUAUCGCUCUUAGCGAGCAUACUAGUAUUCCACGUGCAUGGCGAAUCAAGUACACGGCACUCUGAUGCCAUUGAUAAUGGUGAUCAAGAGGCAUUGUCUAGAUCUGCAGGUUGGUUCAAAAAUGCAUGGCCCAGCAAUGAAUACAAUUACAAACGAUUGACCGCUGAUGAGCAAAUUAACGACUUUCACGCAGAGCUAAAUACCGCUCAGCAAGGCGGUGGAAUGGGCUCAAGAAUCAACCUCGGCACAGGAGGAUCACAUCGCAGGAGAGCUCGACAAGCAGAUGGUGAAACCAUUGAAAUCGAUCCUGACAUAUUCUCCGGAGUCUCUGCACUUGACACGAACCCUGGCAACACUGGCAAGGCAGGUGGCACCGGCAGGCAAGGCGGCGGCGGCGGCGGCGGCCCAGGUGGAGGCGGCGGCGGCCCAGGCGGCGGCGGCGGCCCAGGAGGCGGCGGUGGUGGCCCAGGAGGAGGCGGCGGCGGCCCAGGUGGAGGCGGCGGCGGCCCAGGAGGCGGUGGUGGCCCAGGAGGAGGCGGCGGCGGCCCGGGCGGCGGCGGUGGUGGCCCAGGCGGCGGCGGCGGCCCAGGUGGAGGCGGCGGUGGCCCAGGAGGAGGCGGCGGCGGCCCAGGCGGCGGUGGUGGCCCAGGAGGAGGUGGCGGCGGCCCAGGCGGCGGUGGCGGCCCAGGUGGAGGCGGCGGCGGCCCAGGUGGAGGCGGCGGCGGCCCAGGAGGCGGCGGCGGCGGUGGCCCAGGAGGCGGCGGCGGCGGCCCAGGUGGAGGCGGCGGCGGCCCAGGCGGCGGCGGUGGCGGCCCAGGUGGCGGCAGCCCAGGCGGAGGCGGCGGUGGCAGCCCAGGCGGCGGCGGCGGUGGUGGCGGCAGCCAAGGCUGCAAUUGCAACAACGGCAAUGGCAACAACUGGAACAAUGGCAACAACUGCAACAACGGACACGGAGGCAACGGAUUCGGGAGACCCGGAUUUGGAAGACCUGGAUUCGGCAGGCCUAACUUCGGUGGAUGGAGGCCAGGUGGCUGUGGCGGAAGACCUUCAAGGCCGCCAUUUGGACGUCCCCCUGCUUGGGGUUGCAACAGAAAUAACUUCUUUGGAGUUUCACCCUGCGGAUAUCCAUCGCCUCCUCCGAGGGUGCAAUGUAGUUUUAUGAGCAAUCCAUUUGAUGACCAAUAUAGCUAUAAUAACUGGGGCUCUUGGGGCUCGUCGGGUUCGUCGGGUUCGUGGAAUAACUGGGGUGAUUACGAUGAUUUUGGGGAUUCCUGGAAUAAUAAUGGCAACGAUAAUGACGAUAUUGGGGGGCUUCUUUGUGGCGGCGGGAAAGUUUUUUGCAAUGGAAAUUACUGUGGAUGCGUUUGAAAUGAAAAGGAGCAAGCUUAUUAUUUCUGAAAUAUUCAUCGAUUUAUUGCUCAAGGCUGCUUCCGUUAAAGGAGUCGAUUAUUGUGUAAUUGUUUGUAAGAAUGUGCUGAUAUGAAGAAUAAAAAGUGUAGAACGUUAUAAAAUAAAGUAUUUUCCAUUAUGUAUUCUCCCUUAA